AUGGACCCCAAUGAUGUUCGGACAGCCUUCACUGUUGCCAUGUCCGCCAUGUACAGAAAUGAAGUUCCCUUGUAUGGCGACCUUAUCCGCAUUGUGCAGUCUAUCAACAAGGAGGUUCUUUCCGCAAAAUCCCAGUUAGCAGAUCAGACAAACAUCGACAAAAGCGCUGUGCCUCAAAGACUUGAUCUAGAGCGACACGGCGCAAUACGACUGGGAACUCCCUAUGAAUUAAGGACCGUUUCCCGUAUCUUCGCGGUCAUCGGUCUUAAAGCCGUGGGCUAUUACGAUCUUUCUAUCGCCGGACUCCCAAUGCACGCCACUUGCUUCCGGCCCAUUGAUCUCGCCUCCCUCAACAAGAACCCUUUCCGUGUUUUUACUACCCUACUUCGACCAGAGUUGCUUUCUGAUAACGACGCCCGGGACUUGGCCACAAAGCUCUUGACCAGACGCAACAUCUUCAGUUCUAGACUUCUUGACCUGAUUACUACGGCUGAGGGCCAGAACAACCACCUCAGUGCUUCACAAGUAGAGGAGUUCAUACUUGAAGCAAUGAAAACGUUCAGCUGGAGGCCUGAAGCAUCAGCGACUGAGGACGAGUACAAGACACUCGCUGCCGAACAUCCAAUAUUGGCAGACAUUGCCUCAUUCAAGAGCUCUCACAUUAACCACCUGACUCCGAGAACGCUAGAUAUCGUGGCCAGCCAGGAGAGAAUGAAAGUCGAGGGUCUCAAAGUCAAAGAUCGCAUUGAGGGCCCUCCACCUCGCCAAUGUCCCAUCCUGCUCCGCCAAACAAGCUUCCUGGCUCUUGAAGAAAGGAUCAAGUUCCGGAACUCUGAGGGUGCCCUCGUUGAAGGAACGCACAGAGCUCGGUUCGGGGAGAUUGAGGAACGCGGAGCUGCCGUUACACCUGCCGGUAGGAAGUUAUACGACGCCUUGUUGGAGAAGGCCAUGAACAAAUUCCAGGCUCUUCCUUGCGACAAAAGGCCAGAGUUGAUGGAUGACCUCUUGAGUGAGGUGUUCCGGACCUAUCCAGACACCUGGACUGAGCUCAGGAGACGGGAACUGGUCUAUUUCACCUACCGGCGAACUGAGAAGCCAUUUCCAAAAGAUUCGUCCAAGAUGCCCUCUCUGGAAGACCUUGUCUCUCAGGGCUACCUGGAAGCAGAGCCAAUCACCUAUGAGGAUUUUCUUCCUUUCUCUGCCGCUGGUAUCUUCCAGUCAAACCUGACGUCGAGCAAAAGGUCUUUUUUAUGUGAGAUGGGGAGACCAGAUCAGGAAGGCUACGAAAACGCUCUGGGCGGCGCGCUACUGAGUGCUGAUGACCUAUACCUCAAGUCCCAGCGUGAGAGCAUCGAGAAGUGCGGUCUGGCUUUAGGUUGA